AUGCUCGGUUUUUUUACAUGGGUUAAGGAGAGCAUCAGGCUUGAAGAAACAGAAGGGCAGAUAGAGCAUACAAAAUGGGUGAAUGAAGACCUUCUGCCAACACCACCAGAAAAGCAGUCAUGGCGUUGGUGGAAUUACAUCACCUUCUACUGGUCCAUCUCUUUUACUAACUGGACUCUGGGAUCUACAAUGGUCGGUAUAGGCCUCAGCUGGUGGCAGGCUAUUGUGGUUAUCUUCGUUUCGCAGUUUAUCUCCUCCAUCGCGAUGGCCUUUAAUUCGCGCUCGGCGAGUGUCUACCACAUUGGCUAUCCCUGCGUGGCUCGGAGUGUCUUUGGGAUGUGGGGGAGUUAUUACUUUGUUGGUGCAAGAGCCAUCAUGGCUGUUGUUUGGUAUGCAGUCCAGAUGUACUUUGGCGCCGAGUACAUGUACAAUAUCCUUCGUGCGAUAUUCGGCCACAAAUUCACCGACAUUGCCAAUGGUCUUCCUGAACGUGCCGGCAUUUCAACCUCCCUCAUGCUGUCCUUUUUUCUCUGUUGGCUCGUGCAUCUUCCGUUCUGCUACUUUCGGCCGUACCAGCUUCGCGGAUUCUAUUGGUUCAAGACUAUUGUAUCUCUUCCUUCGAUGUUUGGUCUUUUCAUCUGGGCCAUGAUUGACACCAAGGGUCAGCUGGGCAGUCUGUAUAGCUCAACCUCGCGAUCAUCGAGUGGAACUGCAUGGUUUAUUCUUGCUGGUAUAAACAGUGGCCUUGGAAACACCGCGAAUUUAAUCACCAACCAGCCAGACUAUGUCCGCUGGACACGCAAUCGCAGCGGUCCAAUUUGGACUCAACUACUGGUCAACCCUCUAGCAGUAACCCUAUCUGCUAGUCUCGGUAUUCUGUCUACCAACGCCGUCAAUUAUAAAUACAACACCAACAUCUGGAAUCAAUGGGACAUGAUGAAUCUAAUUCUCGACGAAUAUUGGUCCCCCAAGACCCGAUUCGCCAUCUUCCUCUGCGCAUUUGCCUGGAUGGUGCAGAUCUUGGGCACCAACAUUGCCGCGAAUAUGAUGUCCUUUGGAGCUGACGCUGCCAUGCUGUUUCCUGCAUAUAUCAAUAUGCGUCGCGGCCAGUUUAUUGUGGAGUUUCUGGCUUGGGCGGUUUGUCCCUGGGAGAUUCUGGCGUCGGCUACCAAGUUUGAGACUUUUUUGAGUGGUUAUGGGCUUUUUAUGGCAAGUGUUGUGUCUAUUAUGCUCUGUGACUACUUCCUUCUCACCAAAGGCAACAUAUUCAUCCCCUCACUAUACAACCCCACCAGAGCAAACAAAAACUACUACUACCAUCGAGGCUGGAACGUUCAAGCCGCCAUAUCCUACAUAGUAGGUAUCGCACUUCCCUUUCCCGGUUUCUGUGGCCAGCUUGGUGCGAAUGUGACUACGGCCGCUUCGCAUAUGAUGGACAUUGCCUGGAUUAUGGCGUUUGUCACAUCGUUUGUUUCUUACUAUGUUAUAUGCUCAAUCUGGCCGACGAGUAAUAUGCGGUAUGUUAGAGAGAAGGGCUAUUCGUUUGAGCAGGUUGCAUCUCGGGCUGGGGUGUAUGACGGUCGUGCUGAGAAGGAUGAGGAGCUUGUUGAAGAUGAGCCUACGCAUAUUCAUGAGAAGGUGGAGGGGAAGAGUAAAAUUUAA